AUGCAGCCACAACACAAGCGCCUCCUUGGCGCCGCCGCCACCGGCUUAGCCGCAGCCGUCGCAGCACACAUCCUGCGACGCUGGCGGGACCGCCGCCGCAUACGACGCAUGACCAAGGUCGAGCUGCACGCUCAUUUAAACGGAUCCAUCCGCCCGGCGACGCUAAAGCGCCUCGCGGCCGAACGGGGCCUCGACGCCGCGUGCCUCGACCGGAAGCGGACGCUGGAGGUCUGCUUCGAGAUCUUCGCGCUCAUCCACAAAUGCGUCGAUAGUUUAGAGAUUGUCGCAGUCAUCGCGCGCGAGUUCCUCGAAGAUUUGAGGGCGGACGGCUGCGCGUACGUGGAGCUGCGGACGACGCCGCGCGCGUUACAGGGCCGCACGGAGGCGGACUACGUGCGGACCGUUUGUAGAGUGUUGAGCGAGGCGUCCGGCAUCACGGCUAGAUUACUAGUGAGUGUGGACCGGUCGCGCGGCCCGGAAGCGGCCGCGAAGACGCUCGCGGAGGUGGCGCAGCUGCGGCGGUCCGACGCGACCGUCGACCGGAUUGUUGUGGGCGUCGACUUUAGUGGGAAUCCGACCUCCAAACACGGCUUCGACGCGUUCGAGCACUUGUUCCGCGAGGUGCGGGACCAGUGGGGCCUUGGUUGUGCGCUACACGUCGGCGAGACGCCGCGGAGCGACGGGGACUCGGCCAAGAUCCUCGCGUUCGCGCGCGAGAAGCCGCGGCGAGUACGCUUCGGCCACGCGCUGGCGUUCUCGGACGACGAGCUGCGGGGCUGCGCUUCAUUGAUAGAGGCGUGUCCGUCCUCGAACGCGGCGACGCUGGACCUCGCUCGACUCGAGGACCACCCGCGCCUCUGGUGCCACUUUCACUCGACAGGUAGCCCGCCGCUCGCCAUCUGCACGGACGAUACGGGAGUGUUCGGCUGCUCGCUGGCCGGCGAGUACCUCAAAGUGUGGGACGCGUUCGGCCCCGUCGACUUGGUGCGAGUGGUCGACGAUGCCGCCGCGGCCGCGUUCGACGCGUGUUGUGGAGAGGCCGUGCGCCGGCGGCGCGCGAUGUAUAAUGUCUAG